AUGGCCGAAGCCGAGACCACGGGCUCCACCCAAGCCGGGCCCAAAAUUACUUUGAUCUGGCUCAAUGAAUCCCGGGCCCAGCGGAUUGUCUGGCUCCUUGAGGAGCUGGGUCUUGAGUACGAGGUGAAGGCGUACAAAAGGAGAGAGGAUAAACAAGCCCCGGCGGAACUAAAGGAGUUCCACCCUCUUGGAAAGGCCCCUGUCCUCAUUAUAGAUGGCCGAACUCUCGCAGAGAGCGGGUUCAUCGUCGAAUACCUUGUUGAUAGGUUUGGGCCUAGACUGAAGCCACCCACAGAUGAUGCUGAUAAUUAUCUCCAAUACAAACAUUUGCUCCAUUACGCCGAAGGUAGCUUGCAGCCCUAUCUACUACUGGCGCUGGUGGUCUCGAUGAUUAAAGGCGCCCCAGUACCUUUCUUCAUCAAACCUAUCACUAGUAGAAUCGCAGAUCAGCUCUCAAAGCCAUUUAUAACUCCCAAUUUGGUCUCUAAUUUUGACUAUCUUGAAAGCCUCUUAAAAGGCAAGCUCUUCUUCGUUGGCAACGAGCUUUCCGGAGCGGAUAUCCUGCUAUCUUUCCCCGUUGAGAGUGCAGCUGGAAGAGUGGGCAGUUGGUUCAAUAAAGAAAAAUAUCCUAACCUUUUUGCCUGGAUGGAUAGGAUCAAAGAGAGACCAGCGUACACGCAGGCCCAUGAUAAGGUCGCGAAAAUUGAAGCUAAUUUAUAA